GCGUUUCUCGCCGGAUCCGUAUGCUAGAGACACCCUCGGCGACAGCAGAUUUUACUCACCGUAGCAGCGAUUUGAAGUCACUUUUGGUGUCUUAUUAAACAAAAACAUGUCUAUAUUUACUCCAACUAACCAGAUCCGACUGACUAACGUGGCGGUGGUUCGGAUGAAGAAGGGAGGGAAGCGAUUUGAAAUCGCGUGUUACAAAAACAAAGUCAUGAGCUGGAGAUCAGGAGCAGAGAAAGACCUGGACGAGGUGUUGCAGACACACUCCGUUUUUGUCAAUGUUUCCAAAGGUCAGAUGGCGAAGAAGGAAGAUUUGUUAAAAGCAUUUGGCUCAGAUGAUCAGACAGAAAUCUGUAAACAGAUUUUGGCCAAAGGAGAACUCCAGGUGUCUGAGAAGGAGAGGCAGAGCCAGCAGGAGACCAUGUUCAGAGACAUCGCCUCCAUCGUGGCAGAGAAAUGUGUUAAUCCAAACACUAAGAGGCCUUACACAGUCAUCUUGAUCGAGCGAGCUAUGAAGGACAUCCACUACUCUGUGAAACCCAGCAAGAGCACCAAGCAGCAGGCUCUGGAAGUGAUCCGGCAGCUGAAGGAGACCAUGGAGAUCCAGAGAGCCCACAUGAAGCUGCGGCUGGUGGUGCCGGGCAAGGAGGCCAAGAGGCUGAAGGAGAAGCUCAAACCCCUCCUGCAAGUGGUGGAGAGUGAAGAAUUUGAUGAAGAGCUGGAAAUGGUGUGUCUGGUGGACCCCGGAUGCUUCCGGGAGAUUGAUGAGCUGAUCCGCUGUGAGACCAAAGGACGAGGCUCUCUGGAGGUUCUCAGCCUGAAGGAUGUGGAAGAAGGAGACGAGAAGCUAUAGGCGCUCACACAGUUAAUUACUACUUCACUGGGGCACAAAGGCUAAAACUACUAAAAAUAGACUUUUUUUAAAAUCUAAUUCACCUUAUUUCCAGCCUUUGAAAACAGCAGCUAUGUUUAAAGAGUAACUCUAACUAAUCUUGCUGAAAAAGUGGACUUGAAAGCAAGCUUCAGCAUUUAAAUGUAAAAACUAAAGGUCAGGAAUUCUCUCUGAUCUGAUUUUCUUAUUUAUUAUUUUUUUGUUCUAGUGUGGACAUCUUUGAUUACUUUUAUGGCUGGCUUUGCCUCCCUGUCUUUAUAGACCCAGAAAUAUAUAACUGCAACAAUUAAUCCUUCUUCAGCUAAACAUAAAGAUUGUUUUCUGUGUAAACUGGGAUUUUAUUGAUCAUCUUUCGCUAUUGUUGGCCUGGUAGAAAUGUGUACAAUAAUUUAAUCAUUUUAUUGUUGCAGAAGCACAGUCUUACUCUGAAAAUGUAGGAAAAAUCUAACCUGUGAUUUGAGUGAAUGUCUUCAAUAAAAAUUCAAUUUCAAGACAUAA